UCGACACUUUUCCUCUCUUUCCCCCUCUCUACGUUCUUAACCGUGUUAUCAUGCUAACUACAAAAUAAUCUAGUUAACAAACUUCUCUCUCAUGGAGAGCUCCAUUGCCAUAACCUUGCAAAACCCAAGCUUUCUGGCCAGUAAAACCCACAAAAAAGACAUAAAAAAAUGGAACCCAAUUUUUAAACGCCUGGCAAAGGAAAGAAACGAUCCCAAGAUCCUAAAAUUAUACAAAGAAAUUGAAGAGUUGGGCAUCACAGUCGAUAGCUCUUCUCUCCCCAUUGUUCUCAAGGCCUGUUCGAAUUUACAGGCUCUCGAAAUCGGAAGAAGGAUCCAUUUUGACCCCAAAUAUUCAUCUUUCCUCAAAGAUAUUCAUGUUGCUACUUCUCUCAUUGAUUUCUACUGUAAUUCUGGCCUUCAUGAUGAAGCUCGAAAAGUGUUCAAUGGAAUUCAUGAGAGAGACAUUGUCUCAUACAAUGCCAUGAUUUCUGGAUUCAUGAAAAACCAUAAACCCAAUGAAGCACUUACACUACUCUCACAGAUGCAAAGAGAUGGUAAAACACCCAAUUCAGUGACUUUGGUCCUUCUUCUCUUAGCUUGCAAUGAACUUCUUGAGCAUAGUAGAGGUAAAGAGAUUCACUGUGACAGUCUGAGAGGUAGAGAGAUUCACUGUUACAGUCUGAGAAAUGGGUUAUUUGAAUCGAAUAUUCAUCUAGGUACUGCUUUGAUUUGCUUCUAUGCAAGGCUCUGCAUCUUUAUCUCUCGAUUUGUGUUUGAUUCAAUGAGAGUUCGGAGUGUGGCUACUUGGAAUGCAAUGAUAAAUGGGUAUACUAAUUCUGGAAUGGCCUUUGAAGCUCUGAAGCUCUUUGUUUCUAUGCAAUUAUCAGAUUUUUCAGUGGACACUGCGACUCUAUUGCCUGUUUUGCAAUCUUGCUUGGAUGUGGAAAAUUUUGAAUUUGGUGAACAAGUUCACCAACUUGGUAUAAAACAUGGGUUUCAAGGACUCAAAUUCAUAGAAACUUCGCUGAUCAAUUUUUAUUCUAAGUCUGGGAAAUUGAAAUCGGCGUGCCAGGUCUUUGACAGGUUGCAAUCUAGAGAUAUUGCUUCCUGGAAUGCCAUGAUCUCGGCAUAUACACAUUGGGGAUGCCAUGAAGAAGCCAUCAGCCUCUUUACUAAGAUGCAAGUCGAGGGCAUAAAAGGGGAUUCAGCCACAUUUGGAUCUAUGUUCACCAUCUUUUCUUACUCUAGAGGUUUAGAUAAUGGUAAAGCCAUCCAUGGCUACGUGAUCAAGAGUGGGAUGGACGUUGAUGUCCUUAUUGGAAAUGCAUUGUUAAGCCUCUAUGGCGAGUGUAAUUGCUUAGAAGCUUCUCUCUCUUUGUUCACUAACAUGAGAGAGACUGAUAUAGUAUCUUGGAACACAGUUAUUCUUACUUAUGCUCGUGAAGGAAUGUCCAAAGUGGCCCUGAAUCUUUACAAGGAACUAGAGAUCACAGACUUGAAGCCCAAUUGCUUCACAAUGGUUGCCAUUCUUGAGGCAUUUUCAGAUGAACCAUUUCUCAGUCUUGGGAAAUCAGUCCAUGCCCACAUAAUUAGACAUGGGUUUGGUGAAGGGGACCCGCAAUUAUGGACUGCACUUGUCGAUAUGUACAUGAAUUGUGGUGAUCCAAACAUGGCUAGAGCUCUUUUCGAGAGCCGUUCAAGCUCUACCAGAGAUGUAGUCAUGUGGAAUGCCAUGAUUGCAGGCUAUGUAGAUAAUGACCUCCCAAAAGAUGCUCUUUCUCUCUUCCAUUCAAUGAUUGAGGAAAAACAACCGAUACCCAAUUCUGUGACCAUGAUCAAUGUUCUUCCUUCUUGUGCCCUUUUAGCAGCUUUGCAACAUGGGAAAUGCAUACAUGCAUACCUUCUUAGGUGUGGGUUAGAUUCCAAAACCAAUGCUUCCAUAGAUAAUGCACUUAUAACCAUGUAUGCCAAGUCAGGUAGCAUGGAACAUGCUAAGAAGCUCUUUGACAGGAUGGUAAGAAGAGAUAUUAUCUCUUAUAAUGCCAUGAUUGCUUGUUAUGGCAUGCAUGGUCAUAUUGAUAUGGCUCUCUCUCUUUUCUCUCAAAUGCAAAAAGAAGGACUGAGACCAACUGGGGUUACUUUUGUUUUAGUUCUCUCUGCGUGCAGUCAUGGAGGUUUAAUCAAGAAAGGAUGGGAAUUUUUUGAAUCAAUGUUUCGAGAUUAUGGAAUUGAGCAUGAAGUUGUGCAUUAUUCAUGCAUGAUUGAUCUUCUUGGCCGUGCUGGCCAUCUCGAUGAAGCUAGAAAUUUCAUUGAGUCAAUGCCCAUUAAGCCUGAUGCCUCUCUAUGUAGAGCCUUACUUGGGGCUUGCAGGGUUUAUCCAAACAUUGAGAUGGCAAUAUGGGCUUCUACUAAGCUUUUUGAGCUAGAGCCGGAUAAUGCUGGAAACUAUGUAUUGUUAUCAAAUAUUUAUGCCGCCACUGGCCAUUGGAACAUUGCGAAAAUGUUGAGAUUGAUGAUAAGAUAUAGAGGGUUGAAGAAGGAUCCGGGAAGCAGUUGGAUUUGUAUAAGAAACCAAGUUCAUGCAUUCACAGCAGGGAACAAAUCACACCCACAAAGAAGCCUGAUCCAUGCCAAACUGGAGGAUUUGAAUGAAAAUGUAAGCGAGAUGGGCUAUGUUCCUGAUACGAGUUCUGUGUUUUAUGAACUGGGUGAUUUCCCUUUUGACUAUCAGUGAACUGAGAGAGAGAGAGAGAGAGUA